GGCGUAAUAGUAGUAAGCACCAAAUCCAGGAAGUGAAUGUUUUAACGUGUGUACUGAUUCUGCUUCCUUCUCGUUCAAAGCUGAUGCUUGCAAGGGGACUUGCUUGAUAUGGGACGGCUGUCAAAAAUCACGGGGCUGAGGAGCAGACGGAAUAGAAUUGGAACCACAUCAGUUUCCCUGUUUUAACCUCAAGCGGAUGCAGUCUCUGCCACCAUGCUGGUCACAGCUUAUCUCGCCGUCAUUUUCCUGCUCGCCCUGUGUGUUGGCCUGGAGCUGACAGCACGCCGCAUCACACCGCCUGAGUCCACUCCAUCAGCUGUGGCUAACCCAGCUUUCCGGCGUUUCCAGAAAAUCUUCCUGAGGGCUUACCUUUUGGCUCUGUGGGCAGACUGGCUCCAGGGCCCCUAUCUCUAUAAACUCUAUCGCCACUACAGCUUCCUGGAGUCCCAAAUAGCCAUUUUGUACGUGUGUGGCCUGGCUUCGUGUGUUUUGUUUGCUCCCUUCUCGGGCUGGCUACCUCAAGCCUUGGGCCGCAGACAAACCUGCCUUCUCUUCUGCCUGUGCUACUCUGCUUGCUGCCUCACAAAGCUUUCCAGAGACUACUUUGUUUUGAUUGUGGGCCGUAUUUUGGGGGGCCUGUCCACAUCCCUGCUUGCUACCACAUUUGAAGCCUGGUAUGUGCACCAGCAUGUAGAAGUCCAGGAUUUUCCAAAGGAAUGGAUCCCCAGCACGUUCACCAGAGCUGCUACUUGGAAUCACGGCCUUGCUGUGGGAGCUGGGUUGGUGGCCAACUUGCUGGCUGAGUGGCUCCACUUGGGCCCAGUGGCUCCAUUUCUCCUGGCUGUCCCCUGCCUGGGCUGCUGUGGCUGGGUGGUGCUAACAGACUGGGGGAAGGAGGAAGCUGAAGGCUGUCCUGAAGGGGACAAAAAGACUCUACUACUUGGUACUCAAAAUGGAGGUGGUCCCCGUUUAACUGCAAAAGGCAGGUUCUCGCGAAGCUGCCAUGAAGGGCUGCGUUGUUUGCUGUCAGACAAAAGAGUUCUCCUUUUGGGUGGAGUACAAGCUCUGUUUGAAAGUGUUCUUUACAUCUUUGUUUUUCUAUGGACUCCAGUUCUAGACCCUCAUGGGCCUCCUUUGGGAAUAGUUUUCUCUUCCCUGAUGGCUGCAAGUAUGGUCGGCUCCUUGCUGUACCGCCUUGCCACUUCCACUCACUACCAUCUGCAGCCUGGUCACGUGCUCUGCCUCGCUGUUCUGAUGGCAUUCUUCUCCUUUUUCAUGCUAACCUUUUCUACUGCACCAGGACAGCCGAGACCACACGAAUCUUUCUUGGCCUUCCUCCUGCUGGAGCUGGCCAGUGGUCUGUACUUCCCAGCAGUCAGCUUUCUGCAGGGCAGAGUGAUUCCAGAGGAAAAGCGAGCCGGUGUGUUGGCCUGGUUCCGGUUGCCAUUGCACCUGCUGGCCUGCCUGGGACUCCUGGCGCUCCACGGGGAAGUAUCAGGAAUGGGUGGAGGAGAAGGCGGGGGUGGCACUAGACAUAUGUUUGGAGGCUGUGCCGUCAUGAUGCUGGCAGCACUGAUGGCUGUCGUGAGUCUUUUCACUCUGGGUAGAAACGAUGCUGACCUGAGACUUGAAGGAACCAGAGGAGAUGGGGAGAUGUUUUAAGAACUGGAAACAUUCAAAACCUGGACUCCACAGUUCAGAAGGGCACAUUUUGAUGAUAAAACAUAAAAGAAAAUAUGUUGGGUAAGUUCGUAUUUUGCCAAAGAAGGAGAUUGACAACCUCCUAAAAGGCUAUAGGGUUAGUUUACAUUUUAUUUCACAUCACUUGUUACCGUUUGGUUCUUUAUUUAAGAAAAACUGUAAACACAUGUAAAGCAAAAUACUUGGGAUUCAACCAGGAAACUGGAAACUUGUCCAUUUUUUUUAACCAUUCCUCUUAUCAUUCCAGACUGAAUAUAUGGAGAUGGUGUUAUUUAUGGGAUGUAAUUCAUUCAUUUUCUAUAGGGUAAUCAGUUCAGAGGUUUUUAAAUGUCUUUCAGAGACUAUUUUAAUUUUUUUUUAAAUCCCAGCAAGCCUUCACUUCAAUAUCUGUUAUUUUAGUUAUUCCUUCAAGUGUCUUACAAUCAUUUAGGUCACGUUUUGUUUGGGAUUUUUUCUUUUUCAACUUCAGAAUAUUUUGUGCACUUUGCUUGUUGCAAAAAUGUUUAUCACACUUUUAAUAAAAUAUGCACCUGAUAUCUGUUAAAAA